AACGUUUGACCCGCCUGGUGGCGUACGAGAAUGGAGUCUCCAUCCUAAAGCCGUAUCGUACACGUUCGAUGAGAGAGAACGCUCGCGUUGAAUAAGUAUCUCUCGACACUUUGUUCGAGGGAACAAAGAAAAAGGGGGAAAAGAAGGAAGAGGACGAUUUUGUAUUUCUUUAAACGACUCGUCGUCUCGCGAUUCGAUCCGUUGCAUCCUCGACGAUCGAAUACUCCGAGCGUUUUUCAACGAAUCCAUAUGCGAUCGUGGUAUCGUGCGAACUUAUUACUUCUCUUUUUGUUUUUAUAAGUAAGUGAACAAAGUUCGAAAAUUGCGAUUUGUGCGACCUUGGGAAAGAUCGUGAUUCGAGGCUCGAACGAGAGAGCGUUCUUUAGAAAGCCUUUCUAAACGUAAUAAUAGAUACCAGUCACGGAUCGAUUGACCGCGAUGAAUCGGACCGAUAUCGUAAUGUCGAAGGAAUGAUUUGUCGGGCGAAUAAUUUCCCAUGGCUGAGGCUCUUACGGUGGACCAUUUUGGUAGCACUCGUGAUAUAUGUCUCCUUUCUAAUCGUUUGGUACAAGAAAAAUUUUCCUCUGAGGAGCCCGGCCUCCGUCACGAGUAACGACGACAAGGAGAAGGAAGAUACCGCGAUCGAGAGCCUAUUUUUCGAAUUGGAGGCCGCGACGGUCGGAAAGAAGGAACGAGAUCGUUACGAGAACGUUGCUCUCGAUCGUAUCUCGGACGAGGAGAGUAUAAGGGAGCACGAGGAGACGGAAAAUCGUGAGGAUCCGAAAAGUUUGUUGGAGGAUAUCUUUCGAAGGGCGGACGUCGACGAGAAUCAAUUGUUGGACAUUCAGGAACUUGCUAAAUGGAUUCACGCUAAGAUCACGGAACACGUUCGUCGUGCUAUGAGAGACAACGUCGGUCUUUUUACUGCCAUCGACAAUAAUCCAAGAAAUGGCGAAGUUUCGUGGGAGGAAUACCACGCGCACUUUUUACGAACGCACGGUUUCCCGGAGAGUUACGUUCGCUCGCACGACAAGAGGCACAGGGAAAUGUCGAGAACGUUGAAGGAGAGCAUCAUGAGGGACAGAGCUAGGUGGACGGACGCGGCGAGAAACGAUCCGGAGAAAUUGACGUUGGACGAAUUUUUGGCCUUUACUCAUCCGGAAAGCAGUCACAGGGCACUCUUGCAAAUGGUGGAGGAUCUCUUUGAGAAAUUUGAUCGUGACGGCGACGAGCAACUGACGGAGGACGAAUUUUCGGAUUUGCCGUCCGAAGGUGUUGGCUUGGAACUCGACGAAGAUCGGCAUCAAACCGUCGGAGGUAGCGCCGACAGGCGAAAGGAGUUUCGUCAUCUCAUCGACAAAAAUAAAAAUGGGAAGGCAGACCGUACCGAACUCUUGAUGUAUAUCGAUCCACGGAAUCCGAGGCACGCGAUUCAAGAGGCCCAACAUUUGAUCAGUCUCUCGGAUAUUAAUCUCGACGGGAAAUUAAAUCUCUCGGAAGUUUUGAGCAAGACGGAUCUCUUCUUAUGCAGUAAAAUGGUCGACACCGAGAAAAGUUUCCACGACGAAUUCUGAUAUCGAUAUAUCUGGGAAAUCUCAAUAUCCUCGGAGGAUGCGUAGUAUAAGCGAUAUAUUAUUAUAUAUUAAAAAAGACAAUACUCUUUUAUAGUCUUUAUGCCGGACUACCGAUUAGAUUUCUGACAACGCGUCUGUGAUAGUCUUUUCGACGUAAAAUAUCAUUUCGAUUAACGUGUAGCUAUAUUAUUAAGGUGCACUAUAUUCUAUAAAUACGAUAUCGCGUUAUGGUAAAAGAAGGGUACUCACCUUGUCGGAUCGAUUCGAUUCGAUUCGUCGUUUCGACGUAUAUCGAACAGUUUUGCCAUCAACAUUUAAGCGUUAAGGAGUCGAUAAGUCCGUCCUUCGUAUAACUUUCUAUGUACAAUAUUUUGUUCCUUCGAUUCUGCGUUUUAUCACGGUCGAUCAUCGAUCGAUCCAUAUUAAAAUAUUACAAUAAUUUGCGGGACGGUAGCUACAUGAUAGAGAGCUACAGAGAACAUUUUUUCUUUUGUUUUGUCUUGUAUUAGAAAGUAACGAAGCAAGAGCAUAUUUACGCAUACUCUAAAGAGGUACAUGUAUCGUAGAACGAGAUGUAUUAUACAUAGAACGGUUCCUAUAUAUUGUCACCUUUGUGUCUUUCUAUCGCAAUAAAAUCAUUUUUUCGAAUAUAUAUAUAUAUAUAUAUAUACACAUAUAUAUAUACAUAUAUAUAUAUAUAUAUAUAUAUAUAUAUAUAUAUGUAUAUAUAUAGAGAGAGAGAGAGAGGUAUGUGCGUUUUCGAACUGAUUUCACCUCACUCACCUCUUCUCGUAUCUUCGAUUUGGAGAAAGGGAAUGAGAGCCAAGCCUUUUAUGCUUCCACGGCUUUUUCAUAUUUUUAUUAACAACAAUCGACAUGUAUCGAUUUUACAGAGACUCGAGAAACAAAUAAUAUUUAUCAUCGGCUUUGACAAAAAAAAGUUUGACAAAAAUCUCUAAUUGCAUGGGCGAUUUCUAUAAUGUAUAACUAGGUACGUACCAGCGGUGAGAGAGGAGACGAAGAGGAGGCAAGUAUAUUGUACUGUAUUCGCGUAUGGACGCAGAAUUUCUUUACCGAAUAUGUUAAUUACUAUGUACAAUGCAAAGCAAUAAAUUUUUUAUUUAUAUCGUGUA